AAAAUCAUUCUGGUUGACAUUCCUUCCUCUCUCCAACCCAUAAAAUUUUUGUAAAAAGAAUAGAAAAAUCAGUCCACGAUCACCCAUGUAAAACAAGAUCACUAGCAACAUUUCCAAAGGGAUCUUGCCAUAACAAUAUUCAAGGAAAGAAAAGAAAACAAGCUUCGCUUGCUCGAGCCAAUCUCAAAUCCCAGCGAGAGAGAGAGAGAGCGGUGUCUGGUCUGCCUUUCUAUUUGAAGGCAAGUGAUUAUUUUCACGCGGAGAGACACAAGGAUUUCUUCUUUCCACAUCGAUCUUUCAAACUUUGAAUUCCUUAUGUUAUGUAAACAAGACCAACUUUGACAAAUACAGGUGGUGUUUUUCUCCUUUCUCCUAUAGGUUUCCUUGAUUCAAAGCUGGUCAGAGUUCAAAUCUAACGUAGUCGUUUCUUCUGGCUUUGGCUUUGGUUUCUGGUUUUCAGCUUUUGAUGGAGGUUGAAUGUUUUUGCUUUUGGUAAAAGAGUUCAUGUGUUUGAAUAUCUCCUAAAACAAAAAUAUCGUUCCUUUUUGUCUUGUUUUUAGUUUCACCACCUUGGCCUUCUUCGAUUCCUUGAAACGAAAACACCGCUUUCAGAUCCCCAAGGCUCAAACUGAAUCCAAUUUUCUCCAAAGAAACAAAAGUUUAUCAUUAAAUUCAAUCAAAAAAGUGAUGCUUUUGAGCUUAAAAGCUAUGUCCUUUUGAUCCUCCAAAAUCCAAAAAAGUAAUCCUUUGUACUCGUUUCGAGGUCACAAGAAUUAAUCGAAAUGCAAGACCCUACGGGUUUUCAACAAAUGAAAAGACCGGCUUUUCCAGAGCAAGAGCAGCUAAAAUGCCCGCGAUGUGACUCAACCGACACUAAAUUCUGUUACUACAACAACUACAACUUGUCUCAGCCCCGCCAUUUCUGCAAGAACUGCCGACGUUACUGGACCAAAGGCGGCGCCCUUCGUAACAUCCCCGUUGGUGGCGGUACGCGCAAGAACACCAAACGCUCUUCCUCGUCCUUCUCCUCCACCAACAAUUCCAAACGCCAGCCCAACCCCUCUCCUGAGCCAACCCCAAAGCAAAAACUUCCUGAUCCCUCUCCACCGUCGGCCGCAACACCAUCGACGAUUCCCCUGCAGGUUAUUUUGAACUCAGGGAUUCAGAAUUCGUGUUCAGAACUCAGGGGUUCUGAGGCCGAACAGACCCGGAUGCCUGUCUCGUCGGUUGAUCAUCAAGAUAGGAAAAUGUUGGACACCGGUGGGAGCUUUAGCUCGCUGUUGGGGUCGAAUGGGCAGUUUUGGAACCUUCUAGAAGGGUUGAAUCAAAAUGGGUCGGGUUUGAGAACGGUACAAACGGGUGAUUUUGGAGGGAAUUUGGAUUCGGAUCGUGAAAUGGAUAAGGGUUCGGUUCGGGAUCCGGGAUUAGGAGAGAGCAAUAAUAACGGGGAGCGUGAUUUGGGUGGUGGUGGCGGUAGCAAUGGAUGGCCUGAUCUUGCUAUGUACACUCCAGGUUCUUCAAGUUUUCAGUAGAGAAAUCUAGAGAUAGAAACUAUAUUUUUUUCCCUCUUUUUUUUUUUUUUUUUAAUCUACCUUUUGUAUAAUUGUGCUUAUCAUGGUAAAUAAAAUCUGAAGUUGUGAAGAUAAUUGCAUGAUUUUGUAGUACUUAAUGAUGCUAUCAGGUAGCAUUCGAUCAUUGGAAUAUAAAAUAAGUAUAUUUUAUAUUUAAUUCGAUGAUAAGUAUAUGUAUUUUUAUAUUAAAAAAAUUGAGUUUGAAUUAUAAAAAAAAUGUUGGGGAUGCCAAUGCUAUAAAUUAUAGCAUUCAAUUCAUACGGAGGUUUUUUCUUCCUUGUUGUGUGGUUGUAAAUGUUUAACGAAUUAUGAUAGA